AUGGCCAAUCUCAAAGAUAUGGAAUACGGUAUCUCCAGCCGUGUGCAGACGGAAUGGUCCAAUACCAAAUUCAGCAUUGCCCUUGCCACCACCGCUGCCGCCAGCACUACUUUCAGCAUGGUUGCUGUCCACUCUAGCAGCGAAAUCCAGUACGCCAGUUUCAACGCUGCCAAGAGCAGUAUCUACGCCAGUCUCUCCAAACAGGGAGCCAGCUGCGCCCGCCCUAAGGCAAGACUAUGUUGGAAUCGUUGCGCACGUUGUUGA